GCCUCUUCCGGCGGCGAUGGCGGAGGUGGAGGAGGAGCUGGCGCACGCCGAUGUGCUCGAGCUGUUCCAGGCGGCGCUGGCGCGGCUCGUGCAGGACCCGCUGCUCUGCGACCUCCCGCCGCAGGUGACGCCGGAGGAGAUCGGCUCUCAAGUGGCGCUGGAGUACGGGCAGGCCAUGACGGUGCGAGUGUGCAAGGCGGACGGCGAGAGCAUGCCUGUGGUGGUGGUGCAGAACGCGACGGUGCUCGAUCUAAAGAAGGCGCUGCGGCGGCACGUGCAGCUCCGGCAAGCGCGGCGUGGCGGUGUGCAGCAUCUCAGCUGGAAGUACAUCUGGAGGACGUACCACCUGACUUACAACGGGGAGAAGCUGGCGGAUGACGGAAAGAAGCUGAGAGAGUAUGGCAUCAGGAACCGGGAUGAGGUCAGCUUCAUCAAGAAACUCCGAAAGUGACCUGUCAGGCAGAACAGAGAAUCCCUUCCUGCCAGGAUCAGAUAAGGGAUUCAGUGCUCUCCAAGAGGAAGAGUUUGAAAGAUUUCACAGAGAAG